AUGUAUGGCAUGAAUCCCAAAAACAAGUUCAUCGGACAGGCGCUGGGAAUGCUUGUUGAACAGCCACAAGGCGGAAUGGUGGUGGUGUUCCAUCGCGACGGGGCCCUGCAUCUCGACGGCUUGGUGUGCCAUCGAACGGCUUCUUUCCCUACUGGAGUGGUUCGCGUAGCAAAUGACGACGAGGUACUGGACCAUUUUGCUCCUUUCAUCGCGGGGUUUGUCAUGCAGGAUGUGGAUGUGGACAAGGCCAUCCGAGUGGAGUGGCGUAAGGUGUGCCGUUCCUUGGGCCGUCGCGAGGAAGCCCACCCAAACCAUCUCUUGUUCAGCUCGCCCGACGUCAUGGCGGCCUUUACCCGACAUGCUACCACAUUGCCGGAGCUGGCGGCGCAGGUGCCGUUGGUGAAAAGGGGCAAGGUAGUUAAAAACAGUGAGGCUCAGCUCCAUAUCCCCGCCUCGGUUGUUGCGCCGACAGAGGUCCGACACAUCCAGCAGUGCGUUCGAUGGGCUCUGAAGCACGGUGUCGGCCUGACCAUCAUCAGCGGGGGCCACAGUGGCCACUGUAUCUGGCCUCAUGUUGUCGCAGUAGACAUGGGCGCCUUUGACCAAGUACACAUUCUCAUGGGGGAGGAUGGGGGAAAUUCCGGUUCCUUAGUCGUCGCCGAGGCCGGCUGCAAGACCGGGAGUAUCGUCCGCGAGGCCAUGACGGCGGGCGUGACAGUACCCCUGGGGGCUCGCCCAAGCGUAGGUGCGGGGUUGUGGUUACAAGGCGGUAUCGGGCACUUGGCCAGGCUACACGGUCUCGCGUGCGACGCCAUUGUCGGUGCCGUUCUGGUCAGCGUCGACACCAGCCAAGUCCUCUGCGUCGGCAAUGUACCAAGCCAAUACCAGCCGGCCAGCGCUAUUCGACCGGAAAACGAAGCCGAUGUGUUAUGGGCGAUAAAGGGCGCCGGGACCAACUUCGGCAUCGUUGUCAGUGUGACUUUCCAGGCUUACGCGGCUCCGACCUACUUGACUCGAAACUGGGUUGUCCCGCUGAGCGACAGCCUCGAAGCGCGGCUCGGGCUCAGCGAAUUUGAUACACUCGUCGCCAGGAAGCUUCCCCCGAAUUGUUCUGCAGACGCAUACCUGUACUGGGACGCUGACAAGCUACACCUUGGCAUGACCACGCUCGAAUCUUCUACGACUGGGUCUACCUUUACUCAACCCACACCGACGCUCUUAGGUGCAACUUGGGGGCCGGGGAGUGAUUUCAAGGCCGUGAACGGCGUCGGUCUGUUUGAGACCGAGAUGUACGUGUCCGGGAUGCACGGUGGGCACGGUGGCGGUAAGACCUCCUCGUUCAAGCGAUGCUUAUUCUUGAAACGCAUCGGAGAAUCAAACAUCGCCGGCCGCUUAGUUGCCGCCAUUGAGACUCGUCCUUCACCACUCUGUUAUCUCCAUCUGCUGCAAGGUGGCGGAGCAAUCGAGGACGUUGCGGCCGACGCUACUGCUUUCGGCUGUCGAGACUGGAACUUUGCCUGCGUCAUAACUGGUGUCUGGCUCCGCGGCGAAGAUGGCACCGAAGCCGCACGAUCCGUCGUGUGCUGGGUUUACAGCGUUGCCGAGGGUUUGUUGCCCUUCAGCAGCGGAGCUUACGGCGCUGACCUUGGGCCGGACCCCAGAGAUGUCGCGCUUGCAGCUAAGGCGUUUGGACCAAACAGACCGCACCUAGCCCGCCUCAAACACAGCAUGGACCCGCAUGGUGUGCUGGCUUACGCCUGUCCGCUCCCGAAAGCGCCGACGGAACGGAAGCUGGUCAUUCUUGUCACAGGCGAAAGUUGCGCCGGCAAGGACUACUGUGCCGACGUCUGGGUCUCCAUGUUUACCAGAUGCAUCCAGAAAAGCAUCACUGCGCGUUUGGUCAGCAUUAGCGAUGCGAUCAAAAGAGAAUACGCUGCGGCUGCUGGCGCCGACCUGAGCCGCUUGCUUUCGGAUCGCGCCUACAAGGAGCAACACCGGCCAGCAUUGACGGCCUUUUUCCAGAAGCAGAUGCGCCAACGACCUCGGCUGCUAGAGGAGCAUUUUCUGGAUGUGGUGCACGGUGCCGCAGAUAUCGACGUGCUGUUAAUCACCGGAAUGAGAGACAAAGCGCCGGUCGCAACCCUCUCGCAUUUGGUUCCAGGCAGCAGACUGCUCGAAGUUUACGUCCAGGCUAGUGAUCAGACGCGGCGGAUUCGCCGAGGGUGCCACGGCUGUGACGACGAUGAUAACAACAAGGACGGCAAUAAUAGCGAAUUAAGUUUGACGGCCUUAGGACAUCGCCCCACUCUCAUCUUCGACAAUGACACGAUCGGAAACGAAGCUGCGAAGAGUUUUGCCGAACAUUAUCUACUUCCCUUCUUUCAUGAGGACCUACAGCGGCUGGCCGAUAUGGUGCGUGCAGUACCCGACUUCCCACGUCCGGGCGUCGAGUUUCGCCACGUGCUCGGCAUCUCCCAGCAGUCAGGUGGACUAGCCCUUUGCUCGUCUCUGAUGCGAACCCACUUCGCCGGUGACUGGGCUAAAGUUGGUGCGGUGGUGUCUUGCGAAGCCGGCGGUUUUGUCUUUGCUUCUGCUUUGGCACUGCGAGUCGAUGUACCCUUAGUGCUAGUUCGCGAAGCCGGCAAGCUCCCCUCGCCCACCGUUUCCGUCACCAAGCCUCACUCACAUAUCUCGUCCUUGGCAUCCUGCAGUUUGAAAGAGAAGCGGAUCGAGAUCGAGCGGGAUGUGGUCCCUAGGAGCGCGCCAGUGUUGGUCGUAGACGAUGUGCUUUCCACGGGAGAGACACUUUGCGCGGUGCUUCAACUAUUAGUUGAAGCCGGGGUCAACAUUAAGGAUGUCAGCGUCAUGACCGUGGCUGAGUUUCCGAUUCACCGUGGCCGGGAACUGCUGUGCCGACGUGGCUUUGGAGGAAUCAGUAUUCAAAGCCUUUUGGUUUUUGGAAGUUCUUAG